CUCCUCUCCUUUCCGCGAGCUUCUGCAGUGGGGCGGAUGGGCUAAGCGCCCGUGUUAGGCUACAGUCUUCGGGUGUAGGCAAAUUGAGAGCAGCCCAACCCUUCCUCCCAUCCUCGCUCCUCUCAGCCUUCCAACUCUCGAAACCUGCCCGUUCAGACCACCUCCCCUCCCAGCUGGGGAAGGUCAGAGUCCGAGGGCGCUGCCGUCUCGCCAGUUCCAGAGUCCGCUUCGGCGCUCCCCUCCUCGCCACGUCAAGACUGGAGAUCUGCGGGGGAGCGGCUCUCUGCUUAUCCGACCCACCUGGUCUUCUCUCGGCCGCCUUCUCGUGGUCGCUAUGAAUAACCUGGCUAAUGCAAACUCGCAGUUUGCUCUGGAUCUUUUCCAAAAAUUGAACGAAGCCCACCCAACUGACAACAUUUUCUUUUCUCCGGUCAGCAUAUCUUCUUCUCUGGCCAUGAUCCUCUUAGGAGCCCGGGAUAAUACAGCCGCGGAACUCUCGAAGACACUUCAUUUUGAUGGUGUUGAAGACCUUCAUUCAGGAUUUCACAGGCUCAAUACUAAAAUUAACCGGAGCAAUGCACCCUAUAUUCUGACAUUUGCUAAUAGGUUGUACGGAGAAAAAACUUUCAACUUUUUGUCUGAUUUCUUGACUAGCACCCAGAAUUUGUAUGGAGCUGAAUUAGCCACAGUGGAUUUCUCAAAUGCUCCAGACAAGGCAAAAAACGAAAUUAACCAGUGGGUUGAACAGCAAACUGAAGGUAAAAUCCCUGAGUUGCUAUCUGAAGGCUCUAUCAAUGAAAUGACUAAAUUGGUUUUGGUGAGUGCUGUCUACUUUAAAGGCAGCUGGGCAAAAGCAUUUAAAGAAGAAGAUACUGAAGACAAGCCUUUUAGACUAAAUAAGACAGAAAAGAAGAAUGUGAAGAUGAUGUUCAUGAAAGAGAAACUUCCUUUUGGUUAUAUCCCUGAAUGCAAGUGUCGUGUGCUGGAACUGCCAUACAAUGGAGAGGAUCUUAGCAUGAUCAUCCUUCUGCCUGAUAAAAUUGAGGAUAAUUCUACAGGCCUAGAACAGCUGGAGAAGCAGCUUACUUUGGAAAAACUGCAAGAAUGGACCCAGCCCAAAAAUAUGAAUUCCGACCUGGACGUCUAUGUACAUCUACCUAAAUUUCAGCUGGAAGAAAACUAUGAUCUUAAAUCUUACUUUGCAGCAAUGGGGCUGUUAGAUGUGUUUGACAGUGGCAAGGCUAAUUUGUCUGGCAUGUCAGGAGCUCAGGACCUCCAUGUCUCUAAAAUUGUUCACAAGUCAUUUCUAGAAGUAAACGAAGUGGGCACUGAAGCAGCAGCAGCUACUGCUGCUACGAUUAUGUUACUUUGUCUGCCCAUUGCAGAGGAGUUUAAUGCUGACCAUCCUUUCCUAUUUUUUAUCCGUCAUAAAGCCACAAACACUAUACUUUUCCUUGGUAGAUUUGUUUCUCCAUAAAAGUAGCAUAAAACCAACUUCCAGCCUCCUAUAAAAGACACAUUUCUUUGCCUGCUUGGGGGAAUUGCCAUAAACAAGUUGGGUUUCUGCAGAUGUUUUCCAUCUUGGAUUUUCUUCAACUCCUGAGUCUGUUGACAUGUUUUAUGUGACACUUUGCUCUAAAGCAGGGGUGUCAAACUCGCUGUGUCACGUGACAUGAUGUAUUGUUACUUUUCCCCCUUGCCGGAGCUGGGAUGGACGCGGUUUCCGCGUGAUGCAUCCAGCCCGCGGGCCGACAGUUUCACACGCCUGAUCUGAAGGGUAGCCAUCUCUAAUCUAGGACAUUCAGGUGUGCUUGACUACAGUUCCUUUAAUUUCCAGCUAGCUAGGAAUUCUGGGAAUUUUAGUUUGAGCUGUUUGGAAGCCAUCCGGCAAGGGAUAGCUGCUGUGCACUGUAUUUGUAAAACCAAUAACACAUGAAUUACUGGAAUAAGAUUGGCCUUCAUUUAAUACAAUUUAAGAGUCUUUAGUCCAGGAACUGGACCAAUGGAAGAUCAUUGAUAAUAUAGAAUCCAGAAAGUGACUUCUUUCUUGUUCAAAAAUAGAAAGCAAUUUGGCACUUGUCUUAAUAAGUACCUUAUGAGGAAUUAUGGUACCACUUUUCUUCUCAUUCAGUGAGUGGAAAAUUGUUCACAUAUGAAUCAACAGCAGCCUCAAUGUACUAAUUUUCUGAUUUUUUUUUUCCGUCCACAUUGUCUCUCCUCAUUAAAUCUGAGUUAUAUGUUGUUGUCCAUCUUUCAGGCAUUGAUUUUAUUGAAGAUAGAUGUCAAAUAAAGAAGUUCUAACAACA